GCGCAUUGCAUUGUGGUCGCCGCCGGUACUUGAAUAGAAACAGAAAGCUUAGCACACACCACGGCUCUUCUACGACGCUCGUCAGCGGUUUUAAGACAUUUUAAGUGGCCCUCAGAGCAGCCAUGUCGUCGACAUCUCAAAAACACAAAGACUUUGUGGCUGAGCCCAUGGGUGAGAAGCCUGUGAUGGCUCUUGCAGGCAUUGGAGAAGUCCUUGGCAAAAGACUGGCGGAGAAAGGAUUUGACAAGGCGUACGUUGUCCUUGGGCAGUUUCUGGUGCUAAAGAAAGAUGAGGAGCUCUUCAGGGACUGGAUCAAAGACACGUGUGGGGCAAAUGUGAAACAACAAGGUGACUGCUAUGGCUGUCUUAAAGAAUGGUGUGACGCCUUCCUAUAAAGCAGUCGUUUUCUACUUCAAACUGAACGUUACCUCUUCAGUUAUCUUGAUACAUUUAAGAUGCACAGGAUAUAUGAAUGGACACUGUACACACUAGGGUUUAUUGAAGUCAGCGUGCUUUUUCUUGAUCUGUCACAUGUAGCUGUAAACUAGGAAACCUAAAUGUAGUCUCUUAUGUUGGUCUACUGUGACGAGAACUGCUCAUAUUCAUAAUAUUCUCCCUGCGCAAGAUCUUUGAAAUUAUGCAUAUACUUUCUGUUAAAUGUUAAAAAAAAAUUUGCAGAGCUUGUCAUACACUGCGAUCCCGUUUGUUCUGUUUCAUCUUCAGGGAAAAUAUAACACGUUUUCGUUCACUUUUUUUCCCUGUGUAAUGUGAACUCGUUCCAGACGCUCGUCUUCUAAGCUUUGGCCUUAUUUCCCCAUUCUGUUUUUAAAGCCUUUGAAAAGUAAAUGCAGGCUGUAUAUUUUUAAACAUGUCAUGGUAAUCUACCAUUGUUUAAAUUAUCUCAUGAAGUGUUGUAUUGUCAGUUUGUUUAGUACCAUAUGUGACUCAUCUAAGAAAACUAGAUAUAUGCAGGUGGCUUUUUAUAACAUUUUGCCAUUUUAAAUUUGGAUGCUACCUUUAAGGAAGCAAAACGGUCACUUUGGCCAAACUUCACACAUUGGUUGGAAAUGGAAAUGUGUUUUAAUAAAAGAUGUCAAUGGAACAAACUCAAAA